AUGGCUCACAAAUGUCAGUGCGUAUCUCCUCAACCAACUGAUUGGGUGAAGGGAGAAGUGGUAGGAUCAGGAUCAUUUGGCACCGUCCAUCUGGCUAUAGAGAAAGCUACUGGGGCACUUUUUGUUGUAAAAUCUGCUGAAUCAGAAAUCGGAAUUCAAUCUCUGGAAAAUGAGGCUGAUAUUCUUGAGAAUUUGGAUUCUCAAUACAUUAUUAAGUUCUUAGGAAAGGAUUUCUCCAGUGGAGCAAAUCGCUACAGGAAACUCAAUCUUUUCAUUGAAUACAUGGCCGGGGGUAGUUUAGCUGAGGUUGUAGAGAAAUUUGGAGGGGCAGUUGACGAAAAAUUGAUUCGAUUGUACACCAAAAAAAUUCUCCAGGGUCUGAAGUAUCUCCACGAUAAUGGGAUAGUGCAUUGUGAUCUUAAGUGCAAGAACGUGCUUCUAGGCCUCUCAGGAAAUGUAAAGUUGGCAGAUUUUGGUUUUGCCAAGAGACUAAAUGACCGGAAAAAGGACAAGAAAUCAAUGCAAUUCUACAAGCCUAACAUUGGUGGAACUCCCUUCUGGAUGGCUCCUGAAGUUUUAAGGACUGAAGGGUUGGAUUUUGCUGCUGAUAUUUGGUCUUUAGGGUGUACAGUCAUUGAAAUGGCCAAUGGCUGCAGGCCUCCCUGGGGGGAUAAUUUUUCUAAUCCAAUGUCAGCAAUCCUGAAGAUUGCCUGCGGUAAUGGGGUUCCUGAGUUUCCAUCAAAUCUUUCCCACGAGGGAAAAGAUUUCUUGAGCAAAUGCUUGCAAAGAAAUCCUAAAAAGAGGUGGACGGCUGAGGAACUGCUUAAUCAUCCAUUCCUCUUAGGAGAGUCAAGUCAAAGAAAGGAGGGAACUUGCUCACCAGCAAGUGUAUUAGACUUGAGAUUAGUGCAUUAUGAUUCAGAUGGCUCAUCUGAUGACGAGGAGUUUAGCAGCAGAGUUAUUCCAUUUUCCAUGAGGUGCCAGCCUAUGAAAAGCUUGGUAUCAGAAUAUCACUUUGUCUCAUCAGACGAAUGGGUCACUGUAAGAAGCUAGUUGAGAAUGAAUUGGGAGGGGAAGGCUCUUGUUUUUCUUUCCUUUUUAUUCAUCUUUCUUUAGCAGACAGAUGGAAGCUUUUCCAGUAAGACGGAAAAGAAGAG